GCGACCAGUGUAACUGUACAGCAGCUCAGGCAGCGGCAGCGGCAGCGGCUCGGAAUCUCUCACAAACAAGCUCCUUAGCGGUUAGUUACAAAUCUGGCCACAAGUUGAACUUGUUUCCUCCACCACCAUGUCUGUUUUGUGUUAUAAUAAAGGAUGUGGACAGCGAUUUGAUCCAGAAAAUAACCCGGACGAUGGCUGCACCUAUCAUCCAGGAGUCCCAGUAUUCCAUGAUGCAUUGAAGGGAUGGUCCUGCUGCAAGAGAAGAACAACUGACUUCUCAGACUUCCUCAGCAUUGCUGGCUGCACAAAAGGUCCCCAUAACAAAGAGAAGCCCCCCGAGCCGGUGAAACCAGAUGUGACAUCAUCGGGAGAAAAGAAGGAGGCAGAUGACCAGAAACCAAAGUUUAACGAGUACAUCAUCUCCGCACCAAAGCCUCAGGAGGCAAUACGCAGACCCAGUGCUAACGAGCCAAUGGUGAGAUUGCAGCAUAAAGUUUCUGCGUCUCUGAAGCAGGCUCUGGAGAAACUGAAGCUGUCUGAAAACGCAGAAGAGAAGAAAGAGGAAGAUAGCGACGAGAUCAAGAUCGGGACGUCCUGUAAAAAUGGAGGGUGCACUAAAAGUUUUGAAGGACCUGCAAGCGAUUCUGAUGUGUGCUUAUACCACUCUGGAUUUCCUAUCUUCCAUGAAGGGAUGAAAUACUGGAGCUGCUGUAAGAGGAAAACCUCUGACUUUAACACCUUCCUCUCUCAAGAGGGCUGCACCAAGGGAACACAUCUAUGGAGGAAAAAAGAUGAGGGUAAGAAAGUGGUUCCGUGCCGGUUUGACUGGCACCAGACCGGGGCACAAGUCAUCAUCUCUAUCUACGCCAAGAACGCCGUCCCAGAGCUGUGCUACGUGGAUGCAAACAGCACCACGCUCAACAUACAUGUUAUAUUUGAGGGAGAGAAGGAAUUUGUGCAGAAAAUCAGUCUGUGGGGAGUGAUAGAUGUGAGUAAAAGCAUAGUGAACAUGAUGGCGGCCAAGAUCGAGGUAGCCAUGAAGAAGUCCGAGGUUAUGUCGUGGGCUCGUCUGGACCUCCCUCCCCCCGUCACGCCCAAGGAGAGCGAGAAGAAACAAGAAGAGGCCGAUAGCGAGGAUGAAGACGAGUGAUGAGGACUUACAGUUAAAACACAGUGUGUAUCUCUCGCUGAAUCCAAGGCCACACAGUCCAUUCUUUACCUCUUCAAAGAGUCGCCUCUUUUGCUGUCAUGGAACUUUAGGCCUCAACUCCUCAACAUUUACAGCCACAACUAAGAAUGGUCAAUAGUCAACUUUCUUGGUUUUGCCUGUUUUUUCUCAAUCUUUUUUUUUUUUUUUUUUGAACAUGAAGUAGGUCGGUAUGCUAAAGAAUCUUCAAGUAUUUUUUACAACAGUUUUUCACUUCAGGAAUGAACGAUAAGUGGAGGAACUCUGACUUUUAAUAGACCUUCAAUCAAGUCAGACGAUGACACACUUGUGAAUUGCACUGAAUAACAUCAAACAAUAAGACACAAUAAGAUAGGAGUCGUUUGGCCAUGUUUAAUUUCACACCCGUAAAGCCUUUCAUGUGGACAGCUCACAUCUGGCCAAUCCUAAUGGACCACAGUUGUGACCAUUUUCUGUUAGAACAAUAUUUAGUAAAAAAUUAUUCCAUCUGUACAUUUCCAUUUGUUUCUGUCAUACUCAGCACAUUUGAAGUGGUAAACUCACUAUUGGUGAUUAUAUAAAUAUAUUUUUUUUCAUUCCAUCCUUUGGUUUCAUCAAUUGUAUAAAUUAUUGCGUUGUUUUUGCAUAUGAUUUGUCCACCAGCGUCACAUCAGACUAAAUGCUGUAUUCAUGCUGUAUUUGUGUGAUGAUGAAGCCGCUGUGUAGUUUGAGUAGGAAAUCUGGAUCUCGAAAAUGUCCACACUUGUGUAAUGUGGCGUUUAUUCCCAAUCAACUGUUUAUAAGAAACACAAUAGGAUGCCUAAACUUAGAAACUAAAUGUUUUUCAGCAAUGCUUCAACUAUGCUUCAACCUUUUUCACAGUUCAAAUGUUCUUUUUUUUUUUUACAUGAUUACACCUAAUGUAUAUUUUGUACAAGUUUUGCUUCCAAAUGAUCAAUGGUGUAUUUAUCCACUUUUUUUUUUUUUUUGUCACAACAGCACCAUUUUAAUAAUGAGAAUGUACUGUAAGAAUAUCUGAGAACGGCAAAUGAAUACAAAGUAUUUUGGGCAAAGUCCUGUGUAAUAUUAAAAAAACAAAAGCUAUACUAGA